AUGGAUCCAUCACUCGCCAUGCGUCCGCGUCCACCGCUCCACCGGAUUCAGCGGCGGCGGACCCCCGCGGCCUGCAGCUGCGUCCUGCUACUCCUCGCUCUCCUCAUCUCCCCCACCACCGCCGCCGCCAAGUCCUCCGGCCGCCCCAUCACGGACAAGGAGAUCCGUGAGAACAAGGCCGCCUGCUACACCGACGUCGAGAACGGGCUGUGGGGAUUCGCGUGCAGGUCCUCCACCACGGAGAAGGAGAACUGCGUGCUGCGCUGCCUUUCGCCGGAGUGCUACAACCUCAUAUACGGCGGCGAUCCGCUUGAGGAAGGGGAAUUGGACUAUGUCCGCAGCCAUGAGUACAAGUACUGCAUGCACAAGGUAUCCCUUGGAGAAAGCUUGGAUGGUGUGAAGGGUUCCUUCAGCUAUUCAUGA